AUAUCACAGCUUUGCAAACAAGUGACUUAUUUGGUCAGCUCUGUUCGUAUGGCCUCUCCCUUAUCAGAUGGCUCUGUGGCGAAUACCUGUGGGAGAGAGAUUUAUGGGGUGGCACUGAGGCAUCUGAUGCUUAAGAAUGAAACCCAAAGUAAAUAAUCAAGUAUAGCGCUGGCGGAGGAAUCAACAGGGAUAGAGGUUAUAAAAUAUCUAAAGGAUUAUGGUUAUAAACUAAAAAGAGGAUCCAGAACGCUAACAGUGGGCAAUACCUUUGGUUAUCUUUUAGCCACGGAGUUUCCCCCCUACUUUCACUCUUAGCCAAUAAAUCCCUCACUGACCUGUCCAGACUCCCUAUAAGAGGCCGAGCAGACAUCCAGAGACACAGAAGAAUCUCUCCUCUGAACUGAGAAGCAUCUUGCAUCAUCUGAAAAUGAGAGUGCUCAGUGUCGUCCUUGUUUUGGUGCUGUGUGGGUGCAGUGGAGCUCUGGGUGUGAAGGUUAAAGUUGGAGACAGGGUCUUCCCCUUGGAGGCAGUGAAGCAGCUGAAGGAACUGAUGGAUUUAGAUGACAACGUUAGCCCUCGCGUCUCUGAGACGAGCUUGGUAGCUGCUUGUGCUAAUCCUGUCCUGCCUCAAGUCUUUUGGCCAGUUUGCCAAGGGAAGGGGACAGGCAUCAUUUUCUCCAAACUAGCCUCUAUCAUGGCGUCUUCAGAUCCUUGUGAGAUAUGUGUCAACCCUUCCUGCUAUGGGUGUCUGAACUGAGGCUGCCAUCUGCUAGAAACAUACACACGUCUGACUGAGAGCCUUUGGGGCCGUCAUCCUACAUCCUUCUUUAACAUUCUUAUGGCAACCAUUGACUUCGGCAAUACACAUCCUGUCCCCUAACCAACCACAAUGGGUCUCAUGACUCACUGGUCGACAUACACAUUUUUAAUUGAUAUAUAGGCUUAUCAAAAAAUGUAAAACUGGGUUUUGACCAUUUUUACAAGUUUUGGUAGAUGCUAAAGUAAAAUGGCAAAGCAGAGGUUUUGCAUUAUUUUAAUAUUACUUUGUUGUCUUCUUAUUGAACUUUUUAUUUAUUGAGUGUGUGCAGCUUCUUGAUAAUAAAAAUAUGUAUUCUUUGCAUCCUUAAAA